AUGAUAACUCCUCAAGAAUAACUUGAUAUAAUUAUUAAAAAGAUCACAAAAUCAUUAUUAGGAAAAUGCUCAACCACAAUUAGAACUCUAGGAAAAACAUUCAGGGGAUUUGAAUCAUUUGAUAAAAAUAAUAGGAUGGACAAGGAUGAAUUCCUCAUUGGUCUAAAAUAAAAUGGAGUCGUGUUAACAAAAUUCUAAACUGACUUUUUAUUAAAUUAUCUCGAUAGAAACAGGGAUGGAUCAAUAGAUGUUGCUGAAUUCUUUUAUUUAAUUAGAGGAUCUCCCAAUGAGAACAGAGUGUAAGUCAUAGUCUAAGCAUUCAAAAAAUUUGAUAAGGAUAAUUUGGGUUAUAUUGUGGCUGAUGAAUUCAAAGGGAUUUUCAAUGCAAAAAAUCAUCCUAAAGUUACCAGAGGAGAACUGACUGAAGAUUAGGCUUAUAUAGAGUUGUUACAAUAUUUCAAGGAAGGAAACAAAUCUGGCCAUAUCACCUUAGAUGAAUGGAAGGAAUACUAUGCUGCAGUCAGUGCUGAUAUCGAAUUAGACGAUAAUUUUAUAGCAUUAAUCAAGGAAACUUGGAGACUGAAAUGA